AGGAACAGCCUACCCCGGGCUGGGCUUUACAACCUAUGGCUGGAGUGGCCGCUCCUCAGUUGGUGUGAGCUCUGGACUCGGACAGGCGCAUUGCUCUGCCUCUUAACAUCGUUGACUGCGCUUUUACCUGCCUGCUCUUUUUCUGUCAGUCUGGAGACACGGGGUGUUUUAAGUCGCAGGAUAGUCUCAGUUUGGAUCGUAAUACAUUAUUUACAACGGUGACAUCCAAGAUUUGACUUUAGGCUAACACAAUUCUGGGGAGUAGGGCCCGACCACCAGCGACCCCCUCUGCCUUCACACAGACAUUUGGAUACAGGCUCUGGGACCGUUCCGUUGGAGCAGGAUGAGGGAGCCGUGGAGAGGCCUCUUGGCCCUGGGCCUUCUGGCCUGCUCUGCUCUGAGCCUCGGUGCUGUAAAUCCCUUUGCUGGACAGCAGGCCCCUCUGGACCCGUGCUAUGACGACACAGGAGCAGCACGCCGCUGCAUCCCCGAGUUCAUCAAUGCGGCAUUUGGCAAAGAGGUGAGCGUGUCCAGUGUGUGCGGCCGCCCCCCCUCUCGCUCCUGCAGUGUGGUGGAGCGAGGAGAUGACCGGCCGUCUGUUCGUACAUGUCAGAUCUGUGAUGCGGCCGAUCCUCGCCGUGCCCACCCACCCUCCUACCUCACAGACCUAAACUCUGCUCUGAACCUCACCUGUUGGCAAUCGCAAAACUUUAACACAUCCCCACACAACGUCACACUCACUUUGUCUCUGGGAAAGAAGUUUGAGAUCACCUACGUGAGUCUGCAGUUCUGCUCUCCACGCCCAGAAUCUCUGGCCAUUUACAAAAGCAUGGACUAUGGAAAGACCUGGAUGCCCUACCAGUUCUACUCGUCUCAGUGUCGCCGCAUGUACAACCGACCCAACAGAGCCACCAUCACCAAACUAAAUGAGCAGGAGGCCGUGUGCACAGACAGCCACACGGAGUUGCACUCUGCCUCAGGGGGUCUCAUCGCUUUCAGCACUCUGGACGGGCGACCCUCAGGGAAGGACUUCGACAGCAGCCCGGUCCUGCAGGAUUGGGUCACAGUGACUGACAUACGAGUGGUCUUCAGCCGCCCACAGAUGCCCCCACUGCCCAGGGACCACAGUGCGGGGAGAGAGGAGGAGCCUGUGGCCGUACCAUCCACUAUGGCCACUUACUUUUACGCAGUGGGAGACUUCCAGGUGGGAGGGAGGUGUAAAUGUAAUGGACAUGCCUCUCGCUGUCUAAAAGAUAAAGAAGGCAAACUGGUGUGUGACUGUAAGCAUAACACAGAGGGCCCAGAGUGUGACCGUUGUAAACCCUUCCACUACGACCGGCCGUGGCAGAGGGCCAGCGCCAGGGAGGCCAACGAGUGUCUGCCUUGUAACUGCAACCUGCACGCCCGCCGCUGCCGAUUCAACAUGGAGCUGUACAAGUUAUCAGGAAGAAAGAGCGGAGGAGUAUGUAUGAACUGUCGCCACAACACGGCAGGGCGACACUGUCACUACUGCAAAGAGGGGUACUACAGAGACAUGGCCCGACCCAUCACCCACCGGAGAGCAUGCAAAGCAUGUGACUGCCACCCGGUUGGAGCAGCGGGGAAGACGUGUAACCAGACCACCGGCCAGUGCCCCUGUAAGGACGGAGUGACCGGCAUCACCUGCAACCGCUGUGCCAAAGGGUACCAGCAGAGUCGCUCGCCCGUGGCACCUUGCAUCAAAAUCCCCGUGGUCAACCCAACAACAGCCGUGAGCAGCACCGAGGAGCCAGCAGACUGUGAAUCCUACUGCAAACCUGUCAAGGGAAACCUGAAAAUCAACAUGAAGAAAUAUUGUAAAAAGGAUUAUGCGGUGCAGGUGAAUGUUCUGGACAUGGACACGGUGGGAGACUGGGCCAAGUUUUCGGUCAACAUCGUGUCGGUGUACAAGAGCCGUGGGGAGCCCCUAAAACGCGGGGACAAUGUGCUGUGGGUGAACAUGAAGGACCUGGCCUGCAAAUGCCCCAAGAUCCAGAUAGGCAAGCGCUUCCUGGUUAUGGGCGGCAGCGAGGGCGGGGUCACGGCAGGAGUCGGUCCAGGGGCGGGGCCUGGCAGCGGAUCGACCAACCAGGUGACGGGAGCGGAGCGCGUAGGCCUGGUGGCGGAUAAGAACAGCUUGGUGAUCCAGUGGAGGGACGUUUGGGCGCGGCGUCUGAGGAAGUUCCAACGCAAAGAGAAGAAAGGGAAGUGUGGCAAAGCAUGAUGGGAAAACCUCUCCCCAUGUGAACCCUGGCAGGACAGCCCUGAGCCCUGGCCUGUCACUGGAACACUGCACACUACAGACUGCAUGUACCGAUUUUUUCUAAGGACCUCACCUGUGUAUAUUGUAUAAUUAUUAUGCUAUUUUUAUGUUCAUGUUUGUUAUUGUAUUGUCCAUGUGUUUUGGUUUGCGUUGGUUUGCCUUAAAAAGGGACCAUUAAAAAGGGUAUGAAGUGUCGACACAAAGUCCAUUCCCUUCACGACGACAGCACAAGUCUACUGUUGGCAGACCCACUGACCCUGUGCCCUCCCUCUAUCCACUCUGUGCACUCUGCUCUGAAGUCAGGCUGCUGCUGGGGCCAUUUCAAAGGAAACUCCAACUGAUCAUUGCAGUAGUCUUUUGCCGGGAGGAACCAAAGGCUUUCAUUCGACAGCACAAACCUUAGUCCUACCACCUGGAUUAUACUGUCUCUGUGUAUCUGUGUAAGAGCCCACAGUGUCUCUGAAGCAGCUAUCAGAAUCAUGAACAACCAUCAUGACUUUUGGAAGGAAAAGCAUUGUGGACAAACGGCUGGAUUCUCAGAACAAUAGCCAAUAUUCCAGGAGACUUUGUGCUUAAAGGGCAGUGUGGCCUCAAAUGUGUGUGGCCACUGUAGUCUCUCUUUAAAUAUAUGGAUUCUGUGUGUUUAGUGACUGGCGGACAUUUGUUUGCCAAAAGAAGAGAUUGAAACGAGAGUUCCUUUUCAUGCAGUCAAAGAGAAAACAAAGUGGGAUAAACAAGCAUGUUUGUCUCUAGUGUACUUUGACAAAAUGAAUGAGGCUGGAAACUUUUAGUGCUCACUGAUUGUAUUAUGACAUGAGAGUAUCCGAUUUCAUUCCUCAUGAACUUUGUUAUGUUUGCAUGUUUGUGGUUUGUGCUGGUCCAUCAAAACCAUGCAUUGUGCAUAGAACAGUUAACCCAAUCUGAACAUUCAGAUCCAAAGGAAAACCUCCCAAGUCAUCUCCCCUUAUGCCUCCCUGAACUGUCCCUGUCAUCCACUGCCAAAGAGGCAUAGUCACAUUUCAAUUCAAUUUCAUUCAGAGCUAUGUGAACCAGGAGCAACCCAAACCACAGAGAGCAGGCUUUUAUCUGCCCACUGCUGUUACUUCAUGUUGUAAAGCAUAUUAUAAUAGAUUUAAAGAGAGUGGAAGAUAAACAGAAGCAUGUCAUGCCAGUGCAGCAGUGAGCAUGCUGACAUGUUUCCUGGGACUGCGCCCUGUGUCUUACCCACACUCUGUGUCCAGUGUCUAAGACAAGUGACAGCUUGUGACAGCUCAUGUUUACUGUACUGCACUAUAGCAUUUAUCUGAAUGUAUGUGAAACUGUGAAGAGCUCACUCAAACAGGAGUCUUAAGCGAUUAGCUCCAUGCUAACUAAUGACAAUUAUAUAAAGCUACUCUGAGCUGUUAAUCUGCAUAUUUUCAAUAAUUCAACAACCAUAAUGAACCAUAUGAUGUGUUUGAGGAACAAAGAUGGAGAGCUCUGGUCUCUAUGACUUAGUCAUCAUCAUUAAGACUUCAUUAUUGACUUGACCUCAAGCCUUUGGUUUGAGAGGGCAUGAUUUACUUUAUUCAUCUCUUCUAUAGAAGACUUAUGACUCAGCUCUCACAUAAUAUAAUCAUGUCCAACUGACGGUGCAGAUGCUGAUUUGUAUUCUGAUCCAUUUAAUGAAAAAACCUCAGCCCAUACUCACAGUGAUAUGACCUGCUCCUUCUACUUACUUCAGUCAGACCUUCAGUUCACUUUUAGUCAGAUUUGAUAUUCAGCUGUAUGUCAGGCCUGAUCUGAAGCUGAUGACCUGGGCUUGGACUGACACAUAGAGUAGAACUAGAGGCCCAACUCAUAGAAUGUCCGUCUGGAGCGCUCCUCUCUCCACAGCUCCUUUCCUUUAGCAGGAUUUCACCAGACUGUAGCUCAUAUGUGCUGUGACAGACAGGUGCAUCUGCAGCAGCCACAGCCUCCUGGCUCUGUUAUGUGAGAGUGAGGCUGAUCAUGAUUAGCUAUGGUCCAGUUAUGUGCAUGCCCAGCCUGUUUGCUCGUCACAACAUCAUAGAGGAAGUGUGACAUCCCUGUAAAUCUGAGCUGUAGUCCUGUUUCCCACCCUCAACGCUGCAGAGAGAUAAGAGCGAGACAGAUGUUUGUGAAAGCUGUUUAGUUCGCCACAUAGGGAGCGUCAUCCUGUUGUUUUACGUUAACAAGCUGCACAGCUCGGCUGUGGAACUCUUUGCUUCCCUCCAUACCAAAUUUUACGAGGCAUACAGGUGUGUGUGUGUUUAAUGAAGCUAUCCACAGAAACAAAAGACUCACUUAUGAAGUUCCCCUCUCAGACGACAGUGUUCACUGUGUAGAUGAAGAAUUCCCUCAUACCACCAUGUCUGUAGUUGUAAAUACAUAUUUGUACCACUUGAUGUUGGGAUGUAAAAGCAGACUGUGUUACAUGGAUGUGGAAACAGGAACAUAUGCUUUUGUGAUCAGCCUGAAGAUGUGCUUCAAGUAUUCAGACCGAAUGUAAUUUUUUUGCUUGUUUGCAGAUUAUACUUCCUGUUGGGAUUAAAUUGUGACAGUGGCCAAUCGUUUUAACCACGACUUUGCAUUACAUUAUUCAUUGAAAUAGCAGUGCACCUACAGCACUGAUCUUGUUACACUGAUGUCUUCCUUGUACAUUUUCCCUUUAAGGCAACAAACCACUGACUUUUUAAUCUAUAAAAUAAAUUAUUAGCUAAUGAA